AUGAUCUCUUUGCUAAAGAUCGCCGUCGUCAUAAUCUAUGUCCGCUUCAACACUGGAGUCAAAAUUCACGUCCGCUUCAUUAUGGGAGAUAAUGAGGGGACAUCACCAUUCAUACCGAAAUCGUGCCAAAAGGAUUCAAACUGUCCCAUCCCGCUCAUGUGCAUUGAAAAGCUCUGCAUAUCCGGCUUUUAUUGCAGAAGAGACGCCCACUGUGAUCCGCGAUUCGAAUGCAAGAACUACAGGUGUGUUCCUAUGCCCAAAUGGAGGCCUAAUAACAAACUGAUAAUCAUCUACGCAAAACCGACAGAUGCCAUAUCCUUCAUAUGGAAUACCACGCGGUGUGCCGUGCACAACUGCCGAGGAAUGUAG